AUUGCCAAAAAGCUGUCAGGAGAAAGCAAAACUACAGGCUGCAUCGUGGACGACGCUUCUUUCGUUGCUGCGAAGUUGGUUUCUACCGAAGUUCACUCGCUUGUUUACACGCCUCGGUUUGUCAGUGCACUAAUGAAAGCGUGGUCUUCGUUAAGACAGUGUCAAAGAUGUACACGCUGCUUUCCGGCCUAUGGAAGUACAUCAGCCAACGCGACGAAUACUACGUGCUGAUUCUCGGGCUCGACAACGCUGGCAAAACGACUUAUCUGGAGCAAACCAAGACGAAGUUCUCGAAAGGGUACAAGGCCUUGAACCCUCACAAGAUUACCACGACUGUCGGCUUGAACAUCGGCAAGAUCGACAUUCACGGCAUACGGCUGAACUUUUGGGAUCUUGGGGGUCAGGACUCGCUGCAGUCGCUAUGGGACAAGUACUAUGCGGAAUCUCAUGCCGUCAUAUACAUAGUGGACUCGUCGAAUGCAAGCCGUAUCGACGAGUCAAAGGCUGCAUUCGCCAAGAUGGUUGGUAAUGAUGCACUUCACGGAGUUCCUAUCCUGCUGGUGGCCAACAAGCAAGACAUCAGUGGAUGCUACAGUGCCGCAGAAAUUCGUCAGCUCUUCAGGGAAAGCUCUCAUCUUAUCGGCAGGAGAGAUUGUCACUUGAUUGGGGCAUCUGCAUUACAUGGGGAGGGCAUCAACGAAGGCAUCGAGUGGAUCACGCAGUGCGUGAAGCGCAACAUCCUCCGGCCGCCGCGCAACAGCGAGUCCCUGUGACGUCAUACGGCUCGUGUGACUAGACUCCUUUGUUUCAUCGUUUACACUGCCUUUUCAAGCGCAAAGCUUUCACCCUGGACAAUGCUGAAGAAUGUGUGUAGGUGUGCGUGCGAC